AUGGAGUCUGUGGGAGCGCAGGGGCCCAAAGCAGGUCCCUGCUGCCUGCUCCCUCCUGGGCCCUGUUUCCUGGAUGAAGAGGAGGAUGUGGAGAUCACUGGCAUCAGACCCAAGUGCUCCCCUCUCCCCAAGAGAAGGAGCUCGGAGUCUCUGGAUAGCUGUCAACCCCCUCCCUCCAGCACCAGGAGGGUGUCCUUUGCUGACGCCUUUGGCUUGAGUCUGGUGAGUGUGAAGCAGUUCAGCGGCUGGGACGUGACUGAUUGUUCGGGGGACUUUCUGGUGGGGAACACUGAAGACAGAGACACAUAUUUGCUUUCCUCUCCGUUUAGCACGGCACUCUCCCCUGCCGAGCUGCGUGUGAGGGUGCAGGAGCAGAAGCUGGAGCUGGAGAGUCUCACGUUACUGCCUGGAACCACAACACUGAGGGGGGUCGUGCGAGUGCUGAACAUUUGUUACAGCAAGACGGUGUAUGUGCGUAUGUCUCUCGAUCUGUGGAAAAGCCACUUUGAUCUGCUGGCAGAGUACGUCCCUGGGUCUGCCGAGGACAGGACAGACGUCUUCUCUUUCAGGCACACGCUGGUGCCCCAGUCCAGCAGUGACGGCGUCAGAAUAGACUUCUGUCUGCGCUACGAGACUGAGCUGGGGACCUUCUGGGCAAACAAUGGUGGACAGAAUUAUCUAGUGUUUUGCCACAAAGACACAGAAGUGCCUGAACAAAAGGAUAUUCACAUAAAGGAGAAUAAACUAAUCAAGAAAAGCUGCCUGAAAGCUCCAAGCCAAAGCACAUUUUCCAGCAUGAAUCCAAGCACAAACGAAAUCCCAGACGAGCUCAAUGCAGGGGAUGACUCCUCUCUCAAACAGCCACUGGAGGCACCAACACCAACACAUGACAGAGCUGAACAGAAGGAAAAGUUACAGGUCCAGCUGUAUGUCCAGAAGGCACAGAGAAUGCUGAUGGGACGGAAGAUGAUCCUAACAAGGAGGAUCCUUUACAAGCACAGUCUGACAACUUAA